UGGCACACGUCAGCACGAGUGCGCCAUCUGCUCUCUUUCAUCGUGUAUUUGUAUAUGUGAUGUGGAGAGUUUAGAGUGAAAAAAAAUAUUAUAUUUCGAUUAAUCACGAGUUACACGGUGUUUCGGGAUCGGCAGAAUGGUACUCAUUGCCGCUGCAGUAUGCACCAAAGCCGGAAAAACUAUACUUUCUCGACAGUUUGUCGAGAUGACAAAGGCAAGAAUAGAAGGCCUACUUGCUGCCUUUCCAAAACUGAUGAGCUCGGGCAAACAACACACAUUUGUAGAAACCGAAUCUGUCAGAUAUGUUUAUCAGCCACUUGAAAAAGUAUAUAUGUUGCUUAUUACAACUAAGGCCAGUAAUAUAUUGGAAGAUUUGGAAACUUUGAGGCUGUUUGCAAGAGUUAUUCCCGAAUUUUGCAACUCAGUGGAUGAAUAUGAAAUAUCGGAGAAUGCGUUUAAUUUGAUAUUUGCGUUUGAUGAGAUAGUCGCGUUAGGUUACAGAGAGAAUGUUAAUUUAGCACAAAUCAGAACUUUUGUGCAAAUGGAUUCACAUGAAGAGAAGGUUUAUCAAGCAGUCAGAAUGACGCAGGAACGUGAGGCUAAGAACAAAAUGCGCGAAAAAGCCAAGGAAUUGCAGAAACAAAGGAUGAUGGAAGCUAACAAAAAGGGUGGCAUUAAAAGUCCCGGAUUUAGUGGUGGAUAUGGCAGCGGUAGCACUCCAGCCACUCCAACUGUUGGUGAUACAGCCAACUUUGUGCCUGAACCAAUUAGACCUUCUUAUAAGCCUAAACAAAAACCAAUCAAUGCCGGACCAGGUGCAAUGAAAUUAGGUGGUAAGUCUCGCGAUGUAGAUUCUUUUGUUGAUCAAUUGAAGGAAGAGGGAGAAAAUGUUGUGUCAGGACCAAUCGCCACUUCUGGAACAAAAUUACCGCCAAUCACUCCUCAAAUAAUGAACACAGAAAUGAUUCACCUGAGACAAGAAGAGAGACUAAACGUACGUGUCGGUCGAGACGGAGGUUUGCAAAAUUUCGAGCUGCAUGGCUUAGUAACUUUACACAUCUCCGAUGAGAAAUGGGGUCGUAUUCGUGUACAGAUUGAAAAUAGAGACACGAGAGGCAUUCAGUUACAAACACAUCCAAACGUAGACAAAGAAUUGUUCAGAGCGCACGGACAAAUAGGUUUGAAAGUCCCUGCGAAACCAUUCCCAUUGAAUACCGAUGUUGGCGUGCUGAAAUGGCGUUUCCAAGCUCAGGAUGAAACAGCGUUACCAAUUUCAAUAAACUGUUGGCCUUCUGAAAACGGAGAAGGGGGCUGCGACGUGAGUAUCGAAUACGAGUUGAAGCAGGCCGAUCUCGAAUUAAAUGACGUUCAAAUAAACAUUCCCUUGCCUAUCGGUUGCAAUCCUGUCGUGAGUGAAUGUGAUGGGCAAUAUACGCACGAAGCGCGACGAAACACACUAGCCUGGUCCUUACCGGUGAUCGAUGCGUCAACAAAAUCCGGUUCGAUGGAAUUUUCAGCCCCUUCUUCUACACCUGCAGAUUUUUUCCCACUUCACAUUUCGUUUACGUCCAAAACGCCGUAUGCCAAGAUUAAGAUUAGCGAAGUUUUGCUCGUAGAAGACAACAGCCCAGUUAAGUAUUCAGUAGAAAGUGUAUUCUUUACCGAUAAUUAUGAAGUUGUAUAAGAUACAAUAAAUAGACAAAGUAUUUACGCAUAUAAAAAUGUGGAAAUAGACACAGGGAGGCAUAACGUUACGAUCAAACAUUCA